UGGCCUUAGAUAUUUGGGAGUUGGUACACACUAACAUUCAGUGGACCAGCAGAGGAAGAAUACUCUAUUAAGAAAAGAUGAAGCACUUGGAGGACACCCAGAGAACUAAGAGGGAGGUGUUUUAGGAAAGCCCACUGAAGAUUCUUUCAGUGGGAAAAAUGGCGAAGAUGAUCAGUUUCAUCCUUCUCACCACUCUUCUGGUAAUGGGCAGGGAAAGCUGGGCUCUCGAGAACUGCCUGCAGGAGCAGGCGCGGCUCAGAGCCCAGGUGCACCAGCUUGAGACCCGGGUCAAGCAGCAGCGGGUCAAGAUCGCGCAGCUUUUGCAUGAGAAGGAAGUCCAGUUCCUUGAUAAAGGAGAGGAGAAUAGCGUCAUUGACCUUGGAGGCAAGAGGCAAUACGCAGAUUGUUCAGAGAUUUUCAAUGAUGGGUAUAAGCAGAGUGGAUUUUACCAAAUCAAACCUCUCCAGAGCCCAGCAGAAUUCUCUGUUUAUUGUGACAUGUCCGAUGGAGGAGGAUGGACUGUAAUUCAGAGACGAUCUGAUGGCAGUGAGAACUUUAACAGAGACUGGAAUGACUAUGAAAAUGGCUUUGGAAAUUUUGUCCAAAAAAAUGGUGAAUAUUGGCUGGGUAAUAGAAAUCUUCACUUAUUGACUACACAAGGAGACUACACAUUAAAAAUCAACCUUGCAGAUUUUGAAAAAAAUAGCCGUUAUGCACAAUAUAGAAAUUUCAAAGUUGGAGAUGAAAAGAAUUCCUAUGAUUUGCAUAUUGGGGAAUAUUCUGGAACAGCUGGAGACUCCCUUGCAGGGAAUUUUCAUCCUGAAGUGCAAUGGUGGGCCAGUCACAAAAGAAUGAAAUUCAGCACAUGGGACAGAGAUAACGACAACUAUGAAGGGAACUGUGCAAAAGAAGAUCAGUCUGGCUGGUGGUUUAACAGGUGUCACUCUGCAAACCUGAAUGGUUUAUAUCACGCUGGCCCCUACACGGCUAAAACGGACAAUGGGAUAGUCUGGCACACCUGGCAUGGAUGGUGGUAUUCCUUGAAAUCUGUGGUUAUGAAAAUUAGGCCAAAUGAUUUUAUUCCAAAUAUUGUUUAAUUGUCCCUGCUGGGCUUUCAUUUCUGCAGUUCAUCUUGGUUUAAGUGAUUUGAAAAACAGCAAAUCUGAACAUUCACAUGUAUAAUGAUGGCAAUUGUUAUGUGCACUACUUUUCAUUCUUACUUGCCCUUAUUACUUAAUGUACUUUCAGUACAGCAAAUAUGUGAUA